AUGUGCUUAUUCCAUUUCUUAGCAGUUAUUGUUACGACUUUUGCUCAAGAUGAAGGCUCAUUUGUUGAAAAAUGCACAAAACCGAGGCUCACACCGGCUGCGAUUUUGGAUGUUAUUAUGGCAAAUUAUUCAAGAUCUCUGCCAGGAAAUCCAGUUGGUGUCCAAGUCGAGGUAACAGUACAAGAUGUGAUGGAGCUCAGUGUGCUCAGCAACAGUUUCACGGCGGACAUAUGGUUCAGUUCGAUUUGGUACGAUCCACGUCUCGCCUAUUCACAUUUGGACAAUUGUCGGCAAAAUUUAUCAUUUGACGAUAGAUUUGAAAAGCUAAUCUGGUCUCCAAACGUCUGCAUUGUGAACACAAAAUCCGCCCACGUACAUCGGUCCCCAAAGCCUAAUGUGCUUCUGAUGCUCCUGCCAAAUGGGACAAUAUGGCUGAAUUAUAGGAUCCGUGUGCAAUCUCCGUGCUCUAUGGACUUGGCACGAUUUCCAAUAGACACUCAAUACUGCCAAUUGGUAUUUGAAAGUUAUUCAUACAAUACUGCAAGUGUAUCUGUAAAUUGGAUGGCUAAUCCGGUUACUGUACUACCAGAGAUCUCUCUAGCAGAUUUUGAUUUGUCGAGGUACCGGACAUCUAGACAUACAGAGGUCUACAAAGCAGGAGAAUGGUAUCGAUUAACUGUGGAAUUUGAGUUCACAAGGAAAUAUGGAUUCUAUAUUCUUCAGCUCUACGUGCCAACCUACAUAAGUCUCUUCAUUUCUUGGAUUGCGUUUUGCAUUGACACAAAAGCCCUGCCGGCUCGCAUAGUGUUGGGUGUGAACUCGUUGAUGUCACUCACUUUUCAGUUCGGAAACAUCAUCCGAUCCCUGCCACCAGUCUCCUAUGUAAAAGCCAUCGAUCUCUGGAUGUGCACCUGCGUCGGCUUCAUCUUCGCCUCCCUCCUCGAACUCGCCUUCGUCGCCUAUCAGGACAAAAAGCUCAUCUUAAAAUCCGGAAAAUCAAAUGCAGCAAUCAGCACUUUGGUCAGCUAUCUGAAACACUUUGAGCCAUACCAUGACGUGUCGUCUCCGCCACCACCGGCUCCGCUUGAUGAGAAAAAAUCGAUGAGCCGAACGACAUCGACUGGUACGAAUCGAUCGAGAAGUGAACUUGAUGGUUUGGAUACGAAGGAUUUGGAGGAGGAAAUUGCGGAGUAUCGGAAGUUGGCGUAUGCCAGGAAGAAAUGGAGAUUGUUGGAUUUUGGAGCAAAUGUUGAUAGGAUCUCGUUUAUUGUUUUUCCGUUGACUUUCGCAGCGUUCAAUGUGGUUUACUGGACAUAUUACCUUCAAGACGUGCGGAUAUCCACUUGGACCUGA